UGGAAGAAUGGCGUCGUCCAUGGGCGGAAUGUUCCCUGGUCAGCAGCCUCCUGGAUCUCAUCCACCAACAGGUCCUGGUGGUUCAGGUCAGCCAGGGCUUCUCACAGGCCAAGUCGGUAACAGAGGCGCAAACAACACUUUGGUAGAUGAGCUGGAAGCUUCUUUCGAGGCAUGUUUUGCAUCUCUCGUGAGUCAAGACUAUGUGAAUGGAACAGACCAGGAGGAAAUUCGGACUGGAGUUGAUCAGUGUAUACAGAAGUUUCUAGAUGUGGCCAGACAGACUGAAUGCUUCUUCCUUCAGAAAAGAAUGCAAUUGUCUGUGCAGAAACCAGAACAGGUGGAAAAAGAGGAUGUGUCAGAACUGAAGAAUGAACUUCAGAGGAAAGAGAUGCUCAUUCAGAAACAUCUUGCCAAGAUCCACCAUUGGCAGCAGGUGCUGGAGGACAUCAACGUCCAGCACAAGAAGCCCACAGAACUGCCUCAAGGUCCACUGGCCUUCCUGGAGCAGGCCUCAGCUAACCUCUCUGUACCUAUGAAACCAAACUGAUACCUUUUGCAGAGAUCCAGAACCCUAUUCAGACUGUUCCAGGCCAUACACAAUAUAAGCUCUGGUCAGGGGCUUAAGAAGUCAAUAGGUGACCAUGAGUGCCUCAAGGUUCUUUGACCUCUAGUCGCAAUCAUUCUUAAUGCAUUCUUUACAAGCUAAAUAUAUUUCUAUUAUUUCAAAUUACAGACAUGUGUUUGUAAAGGACUGGAGUUACAAUGACCAAAAAUGGCUUUAGUUAGAGAGAAAUUGUUUGAUGAACUAUUAUUAUUUUGGUUUAGAUAAUAUUUGAUUCAAACACCUUUUGUACAGUUUACAAUAAACAUGUUUU